AUGGAUUUGCCUGUGAACUUAACCUCCCUUCCCCUCUCCACUCCCUCUCCUCUGGAGACCAACCGCAGCCUCGGUGCAGAAGAGCCGCUCCCCAGCCCACCUCUGCUCUCCGUCUUUGGCGUGCUUGUUCUGACCUUGCUGGGCUUGCUGGUGGUGGCGACGUUCACCUGGAACCUGCUGGUGCUGGCGACGAUCCUCCGUGUACGCACCUUCCAUCGCGUGCCACACAACCUGGUAGCAUCCAUGGCCGUCUCAGACGUGCUGGUGGCCACGCUGGUCAUGCCACUGAGCCUGGUGCACGAGCUGUCCGGGCGCCGCUGGCAACUGGGCCGGUGGCUAUGCCAGCUGUGGAUCGCGUGUGACGUCCUCUGCUGCACGGCCAGCAUCUGGAACGUGACGGCCAUAGCUCUGGACCGCUACUGGUCCAUCACCCGCCACCUGGAAUACACGCUCCGUGCCCGCAAGCUCAUCUCCAACAUUAUGAUUGCGCUCACCUGGGCGCUGUCCGCUGUCAUCUCUUUGGCCCCCCUGCUUUUUGGCUGGGGAGAGACGUAUUCGGAGGGCAGCGAGGCGUGCCAGGUCAGCCGCGAGCCCUCCUACGCCGUGUUCUCCACCGUGGGCGCUUUCUAUCUGCCACUCUGCGUGGUGCUCUUCGUGUACUGGAAGAUUUACAAGGCCGCCAAGUUCCGCGUGGGCUCCAGGAAGACCAACAGCGUCUCACCGGUCUUGGAAGCUGUGGAGGUGAAGGACUCUGCUCAGCAGCCCCAGAUGGUGUUCGCUGCCCGCCACGCCACUGUCACCUUCCAGACAGAAGGGGACACAUGGAGGGAACAGAAGGAGCAGCGAGCUGCCCUCAUGGUGGGCAUCCUCAUCGGGGUGUUUGUCCUCUGCUGGAUCCCCUUCUUCCUCACGGAGCUCAUCAGCCCCCUGUGCUCCUGUGACGUCCCUGCCAUCUGGAAGAGCAUCUUCCUUUGGCUCGGCUACUCCAACUCCUUUUUUAACCCCCUGAUCUAUACGGCUUUCAACAAGAACUACAGCAGCGCCUUCAAGAACUUCUUUUCCAGGCAGCACUGA